AAUUAAAGGGAAUUUGCUCUUGGUUUAUUUGUUUAAACUUCGAGAUAGAGAGGAUGAUGAACUUCUGGCUAUUAUAACUUAACUGACAACAGAAAGGAUUUUCCACAAUAUUAAUUGAAACUAUGAACAUAUUAAAAAUAAGGUCUAAGGUUUUGUUCUUAAAAAAAAAAACACACAAUCUUUAGCAAAUUACUUUGCUCUUCUGUAAGGGGAAAUAAAAUAAUUUUAUGAAGUCUUGUUGUAGGAAAAUAAAUCAAGCUUCAGCGUGUAAAAAGUAACUCCUUGUUUCUGCCUUGUUAUAUUUUAUUCUUUCCCUGUUCGACAUGUGCCGUAUUCUCAUGAAGACAACAGGGCCAUAAUUCUUAGUGCAGAGUGCUUUAGUGUUCCUAGUGAUUCUUUGAUAAUGUGGCCGUAUUUCCCCCACAUUAAGAUUAAAGAGAAGAUCCCAGUAAAGAGAAAAGUUAUUCAUAAAGCAUCUUAAGCCUCUUAAAAGUCCUCCUCUCUACUCCUAACACUUUUUGAUCUUAAGCAGUCUUAAGGGUUAAGAGUUUCUUUAGCAGUGGAGAAAAUGGCCAAAAGGUGAAGAUCACUACAGAUAAGAUGGAGUAGGGAUUUGACUGAUCCACCGUCUCUCAGGGUAAGAGGUAGAUCUGCAGCAUCUAACAAAAGUGAGUACACCCCUCAUAUUUCAGCAAUCAUUUUAUUAUAUGUUCUCAAGGGGAAAAAACUAUAGAAAUGAAAACUGGAUAUACUUUAGAGUAGUCAAUGUGCAGAUGUUUAGCAGUAAAAUAACUCAACUUUAAAAAUAACUCAACAUGCAGCCAUUGGACACAGAUUUUAAAUGUUCACUUAGGGUGUACUCACUUUUGUUGCCAGCUAUUUUGACAAAGUGUCAAUAUUUUGUGUGAGCAGCAUUGUGAAUACACCAGAGCUACACGAGUUGUUGCUGGGAUCCUCAUCCACGCCUCUAUAACGACAUCACAGAGCUGCUAGAUGUUAGACACAUGACGCUUCUCCACCUUCCGCUUGAGGAUGCGCCACAGGUGCUGAAUAAGGUUCAGGUCUGGAGACAUACUUGGCCACUCCAUCAUCUUCACCUUCAGCUUACUCAGCAAGGACGUUGUCACCUUGGUGUGUUUGGAUUUGUUAUCAUGUUGGGAAACUUCCGUUCUGGAGAGAGGGCGUUGUGUUCUGCUUCAGAAUGCUACAGUACAUAUUGGAAUCCAUGUUUCCCUCAUUGAAGCACAGCUCCCCAGUACCAGCAGCACUCAUUCAGUCCCAUACCAUGAUGCUACAAUUACCAUGCUUGACUGUAGGCAAGACACAAUUUUGUACUCCUCACCAGGGCAUCGCCACACAUGCUGGACACCAUCUGAGCCAAACAAAUUUAUCUUAGUCUCAUCAGACCACAGGACAUGGUUCCAGUAAUUGACAGACAGCUUGAACAGGUUGUCUUCAGCAAACUGUUUGCAGGCUGUUUGUGACCCAGCUUCAGAAGAUGCUUCUGGGACGACGGCCAUGAAAACCGACUUGUUGCAGUGUGCAGCAUAUGGUCUAAGCACUGACAAGCUGACCUUCCGUUUCUGCAACCUCUAAAGCAAUGCUGGCAGCACUCUUGCAUUUGUUUUUUGAAGCCGGAUUCUGCACCUGAUGCAUAGCACAAUGACUCAACUUCUUUUACUAUUGUGAGGCUCGUUACAAGUGGAACCCAUAUUGGUAAAUCUCUGUAUGACCCUGGCCACUGUACUCUAACUCAAUUUCAGGGUGUUGCUGGAUUUUCAGGGACCAUAAGGCACCAUGUUCAACAUGCAGUGAAAUGUACCAGAAAACUACAAGGUUUUGUUUAUGCAAGGUGGUGGAACAGGCCAGUUCAGUGCUGUUGCUCUGAAUCUGAUCGGUCUGAAGGAAGACAGAUGCGCUGAUUAUAUCGUAACAGGAACCUGGUCUGCAAGCGCUGCCAAAGAAGCCGAGAAGUACGGCAAAGUGAACGUGGUGAAUCCAAAAGCGGACCGAUACACCGGGAUCCCUGACAGCAGCAGCUGGUCACUGAACCCUUCAGCAUCCUACGUCUACUUCUGCUGCAACGAAACGGUCCAUGGUGUAGAGUUUAACUUUGUUCCUGACACCAAGGGCGUGAUUCUCGUCAGUGACAUGUCGUCCAAUUUCCUCUCGCGACCAGUAGAUGUGUCAAAGUUUGGGCUGAUAUUUGCAGGUGCACAGAAGAAUGUGGGAUGUGCAGGAGUCACUAUUGUGAUCGUAAGAGAGGAUCUGCUGGGAAAAGCUUUAAAGGAAUGUCCGACGAUCCUUGAUUAUAACGUGCAAGCUAAAAAUAAUUCCCUUCACAACACGCCACCAACCUACAGCAUCUACAUUGUGAAACUGGUUCUGGAGUGGCUCAAGAAUAACGGUGGCACAGACCUCAUGAACCAACUGAACAAACAGAAAUCCUCGAUGAUCUAUGAUAUCAUCAAUAACUCCAAUGGAUUUUACUCAUGCCCCGUCAAUGUAUCAUGCCGGAGUCACAUGAACAUUCCGUUCCGUAUCGGGAGCCUGGAAGGAGACGAAGCCCUGGAACGACAGUUUCUGGAAGGUGCUUCCAAACUCGGGAUGAUCUCUUUAAAGGGACACAGGUCUGUUGGGGGGAUAAGAGCUUCUCUGUACAAUGCAGUGACUGUGGAAGAAACUCUAGCUCUUGCCGCCUACAUGAAGGAGUUUCUAAACAAGCAUCAGCCUAUUAAAAUGGAUCACUAAAUUACACGUCAUAUUUCUGACAAGCCUUAAUCACAACUAACGUAACUUGUUUUUUGUAAUAAUAUGAUAAGUGUAUAGAGGUCACUUGUCUUUAUAGAAGGGCAUUCAUGUCUAAUAGAAUUAAAUAAUGUUAUUGAGUCUUUAAUUAAUAUUUUUAUAAUACUUAUUAAUACUUAUUAGUUUUGCUAGUCACACUCCUCUGGUUAGGAACACAUCUAGUCAAAACUGUUUUGUCUAGUCAACUAAUGAUUGUAUUUUUUUUUUUUUUUUAACAAUUAAUAAGUAACUCAACGCUGGGACUAAGAUGAAACCUGACCAUGUGGUUCUCGUAGAUAAACAAGGACAUGUAUGCAGUAGUCUGAAUGUAUGCAAGCAAAACAUGGGAAAUAAAAUGAUUUUCAAAGUGAAA